CACCGCCUGACUCGUGCCUACUAAAGCUGAAGUUCAAAUACUAGUUCUGGUCAGGUUUUUUUUUUUUUUUAUUGACAAGCAUUGUGGGUGGUGUGUACCCGUCCAAAGUCCAAGUACACACAGAAGAUUACCUUCAUAUGUAGAAAACGACAACAUCUCUAGCAACGUUGCUAUUCCGCACACAUGGUCAAAUAUGGAGAACUUCGCAGAUUUUCAAGGUGCUGUGUCCAAUAAUUUACAUGUGGGUAUGAACUUGAAUGAUAUGCCUAUGUGUUCUACAGUCAACUUUCCUUCAGUGACGACUACGUCAAUACCGACAACACCCGACACUAAUUCGCUGCCUCCCAGCUCCCCAGAUGAAUCGACACCUCCCCCAAGGAUAUACAAGCCAUGCUUUGUAUGCCAAGAUAAGUCUUCAGGAUAUCAUUAUGGUGUGAGCUCUUGCGAGGGGUGUAAGGGUUUUUUCAGAAGAAGUAUUCAAAAGAAUAUGCAAUAUACAUGUCACAGAGAACAGAAAUGUGUGAUAAACAAAGUGACACGCAACCGAUGUCAAUACUGUCGACUUAUGAAAUGUUUUGACGUCGGAAUGUCCAAAGAAUGUGUGCGGAAUGAUCGGAAUAAGAAAAGAAAGGCGAAGCAUGAAGUGACAGAAAGUCUAGAAAUGAAUACUGAGAUGGAGCAUAUCAUGGAUAUUGUGAUUAAGGCUCACAUUGAAACGUUUCCCAAGGAUACACCAAAACCAGGAUUCAAAGUGCCUGCCAACCUACGAACUGAUGGAGUAGGGGCUGAUGUCCUGCCGAUAAUCACGGCUGCCGAUCCUUUAGUUCCGAAGACGGGAAGCGAUACAGAUUUACUUAUGUUUCAAUAUGUAACAGACAUGUCGUCAAGGGCAAUCAUUAUGGUCGUUGAGUUCGCCAAAAAACUUCCUGGAUUUCUGCAACUGACGACACCAGACCAAAUCACGUUACUGAAAGCGGCAUGUUUAGAAAUUAUGGUUCUCAGGAUCAGUUACAGAUUCAACAGGGAUGACGGAAGCGUUACUUUCACAUCGGGUUUAACAUUGUCCAAUAAGCAACUAAAAACAGGAGGUUUUGGAACCUUAAUGGAUACGAUAGGACAGUUUGCCCAACAAAUAAGUAGCCUUAAUCUUGAUGAUACAGAACUAGCUCUGUUAUCAGCGAUUUGUCUCAUUAGUGGUGAUCGUUCAGGGCUUGAAGAACCACUGAAAAUUGAAAAAAUGCAAGAACCACUUCUUGAAGCACUCAGAAUCUAUGUGCGGCGGAGGAGGCCGACAGAACCGCAUGCUUUUGCCAAAAUUCUUAUGAAGAUCACUGAUCUAAGAAGUAUCAGUGUAAAAGGCGCUGAGAGAGUUUUACAUUUGAAGCUUCAGAUACCAGUUGAUAUGCCGCAAAUUAUACAGGAAAUGGUUGAAAGUGACGAAGAAAGCACGGAAAAUGAUGACGAGAAAGGCAGUGCGACGACUUCUGUGCCAUCACCUGUGACGUCGACAAAGCAAACUGCAAAAAUUUCAUCAUUGGAACCUAUAGACACACCAAUUAAAAAAGAACCAGUUUCUCCGACGCCAACACAAACUACGCAAACAUUGAACAGCCCAAAGGAACAAACUUUUGAGACUUCAACGUGAUGAUUAUGGCUGUUUCGUUAAAUAUUUAUAUGAAUUAUAAAAUCAUGCAAACUACAUUUGCAGUAAACUGCU